CUUUCACUUGCUUUCAUUAGAUCUAUAUAAUAUGCCCGAGAUAGCAGAAGUUGAACGUGCCCGCUUGCGUAUUCAUAGACAAUGUCUCAAUCAUAUCAUUACUAAUGUCGAGACUGUACCUGAUCAUAUUGUGUUUAAAGACGUUGAACAUGAAGCCUUUGCAAAAGCGAUUAUGAAUAAAACACUCGUUGAUACAAAACGAUGGGGAAAAUACUUUGUAUUAUUAUUUGAAGGGGAUGGACCCCACAUAGUAGCUCAUUUUGGAAUGACGGGUGGUAUUCGAUUUAAACAUGAAGAAUUAGCAAAAGGACUUGAAUGGCCGCCCCGCUUUUAUAAAUUACUUAUUACAUUUACUGAUCCCAAGACAAAGGAAGAGAUUUACUUUGGCUUCAGAGAUCCACGAAGAUUAGCUAGACUUCGUUUAAUAUCUGCAAGAGAUCCUUUAUUAGUGGAGCCAAUCAGUAAGCUGGGUUUUGAUCCUGUCUUGAAUAUGCCAGAUUUUGAACAAUUUAAACAACUGGUAACAAGGCGUGCGGUACCUGUGAAGGCCUUAUUAUUAGAUCAAUCGUUUUCUGCUGGAGUUGGUAAUUGGGUAGCAGACGAGAUCUUGUAUCAAGCCAUGAUUCAUCCUGCUCAAUAUACAAAUACCUUGACAGAUAAAGAAUUAGAUGAUAUGUAUAAUAAAAUGAAAUAUGUCUGUGAAUUAGCUGUACAAGUUGAAGCAGAUGAAUCCAAGUUCCCUGAAGAUUGGUUAAUGAAGCAUAGAUGGAAUAAAGGUAAAAAUAAUGAAGUGAAAGGAAAAUUGCCUAAUGGACUUGAGUUGAAGUUUGAAACAGUGGGCGGUAGAACUUCCGCUUUUGCGCCAGCUAGACAAAAAUUAAGAGUGUCGAUUCAAACAAAGAGAAAAACGAUUACUGUGAAAAAAGAAAUGAAAAAAGAAGAAGUGGAAGAAGAGGAUAAAAAAAAGUUAAAGAAACCAAGAAAAACAAUAAAAAAGGAGAUUACAGUUAAAGAAGAAGAAGAAGAAGUUAUCAUUAAAAGGCCUAUUAGAGUGGCUUCUACAAGAUAUAAUUUUAGACGUGCCAUUCUUGUACAUUAUUUACUUAAAAAAAAUCAGGAUCGUAAACAAAAAAUUAAACCUCAUGAAGAACGAGUUGUCAUCAUAGGCUGCUCUUCGGGCAUUGGAAAAGAAUGUGCUCUUAGUUAUGCAUCCCGAGGCGCUAGUCUAAUAUUAUUUGCUCGCAGAUCUGAAUUAUUAGAAGAAUUAAAACAACAAUGCCUAGAGGCAGGCUCAAGUAAGACAGUAUACCUAGCUGGUGAUGCCACAAUUGAAGAUGAUUUAAUUCGAUUAGCACAAUUAACAAAAGAAACAUUUGAAGGAGACAUUGAUACAGUCAUUUAUUGUGCUGGUAUGAUUUCUGUAAGGCCAUUUUUAGACUCUUGUGGUAUAAAAAUUAAUAAAGACGCUGAUGGCAGUCUUUCGAUCAGUGAACACUCUAAUCAACAAGAGAUUAAUUCAGCUUUACAAAAAAUCACAACUAUUAAUUAUUUUGCUUCUAUUUGGACUGCACGUUUAUUUAUACCGUUAUUAAUCAAAUCAAAAUCACCUAAUUUUUUAAUUGUAUCUUCUAUGGCUGGUAAAGUAGGAGCACCUACGCGUGCAUUCUAUUCAGGUUCAAAACAUGCACUUCAUGGCUUCUUUGAUUCCUUACGUGUGGAACUAGAACCCUACGGUAUCCAUAUUGGUCUGAUUUGUCCAGGUACAGUGGAUACUAAUUUACGCCAAUCAGCAGUUGAUAAAUCAUUGGGAGAAGGAAGUAUUGCAGGUUCAAAAAAGAAUAAAUUAUCACCAAAGAUAGUCGCAGACCGUAUCAUACAGGCAUCAGAUGCAAGGGAACGAGAAGUCUAUAUUCCUGCAUGGUUUGGCUAUUUAGCUAUUUGGGCAAAAUUACUUGCAAGUCCAGUAGUUGACUGGGCUGCUGCACAAAAAUACAAAACGUAAAUAAGAUCAUAAUUAUUAGUAUAUAUAUAUAUAACUUGUUUCUUACUAUGAAAUCAUUUAAAAGACAUUAUAUUACAUAUUUUUAUAUGUGCGCGUGCAUAAUAAAACUCAUUUUAUCUUUUCCUUAUUGUGUGUUCUUCUCUCUUUCUCCCUCCCCCUUUAUCUCUUAUUUCCCCUAAUUAUUAUUCCCC